UUUAAUUUUGUCAUUAUAUUUUUAUACAAGUGUUUAAAUAAACGAAAAGUCAAAUUUUUAAUGGACAAUCAAGUUGACGAAAACGAUGAAGAUAUAUUACAAAUAGCGUCGAAAACAUCAUCCAAAGCUAUUAAAUCAGUCGCCAAAACAGGCUACAGAGAAGGUGUGCAAGAUGGUUCAGAGUCGGUUUUUCAAGAGGGUUUCGACAGAGGCUACAAGCAAGCAUUUCCAUCCACUUUCAAACUAGGAGUUUACUAUGGACUCGCAAAUAGUCUAUUGAAAGGUGUAAAACAUCCUACUGAAAUCAAGGAUAUUUUGUGCAGUGCAAAAAAAGGCAUUUGUUACGUGUGUAAGACUGAAAUUGACAAAAUUUCUGAAAAUCCGUUAAUGUCGAUAGAUACUGUGGUAACUUGUCAAAAAGAACAUGAAGACAAAGUUUUGAAAACACUGUUUGAUUACUUUGAUCCACUUUUCAAAAAUCAUAAUAUAUGUUAUGACCUAUCCAGCUUACAAUCAUAG